AUGGUCUACGAACAGCUAGUUGAACAUCGCGGAGAAGGAAACCAGUGGAUUGUUGUUUUGGGGCUAUCACGCAGUGCAAUCCAGCGACUAGGCGAUGAAAGGUCGCGCGAUGGGAUUUCCUUCAGGUUUGAGCACGAUGGCAGCACUGGGAUUAUUAAAGUCCCCGGCCUUGGACAUGAAAUCACGACGGACCGAGUGAAGACAAAGAUCAGCUUUCUCAUGUUGCGCAUGGGGAUUGAAGACCAAUACUGGGUGGCUGCAACGAGGUACCAAGACACUGGCGGUAGUAAAAGUAAGGAAGGUGACCAGGGAUUCCUGCCACCGGCUCGGCAACCUGUGGGCACAUUGGCAACAGGUGUCUGUCCGUUCCCGACUCUCGUCAUCGAGACUGGGGUAUCUGAAUCACUCCCCAAGCUUAGGGAAGACACACUCUGGUGGUUCAACCAUUCAAGGGGGGAUGUGCGUAUUGUUCUUGUUAUCUGUAUCCGGAAACGUGUGCGGCAGCCGGUUAUGCUGAUUGAGAAGUGGCAGUUGGCGCCUCCGACUCCUAGGCCACUUACAAGGGGAGGUAUUCAACAGCUUCAACAGCAAGUGCCAUAUCCCAUGCCACCCCGAAUUCAGCAGCAGCCGGGUAGUCAAUAUGCAUACUGUGCCCAGUCUAUCGAAGUUACGCCCCAAGACCUUACCGGUCCAUCACUUAUUCUUCCCUUUCUCGCUGUUUUCGGCCGCCCACCAGUCGCUCCAGAGGCCGACUUGAUACUGACUACCGCAGUGCUUGCGUCGUGUAUCCAGCACCUUUGA